AGCGGGUAAAGGUGGUGGUGACGCAGGGGGACAUCACAGAUUACUCCAGUGUCCUGGAGGUGUCCAAGGGGGCAGACCUGGUCAUCCACACGGCCAGCCUGGUGGAUGUCUGGCACAGAGUCCCUGAGACAGUCAUCCAGGCUGUGAAUGUUCAAGGAACUGUGAAUGUGAUCAACGCCUGUGUGGAGAAUGGUAUUCAGUAUCUGGUCUACACCAGCAGCAUGGAGGUGGUCGGCCCCAAUGUGAAAGGAGACCCCUUUAUCAGAGGUGAUGAAGACACCAUCUACAAUGUUUAUCACGAUAUGCCCUACCCCAGGAGCAAGGCCAAGGCAGAGYAACUGGUGCUGGAGGCCAACGGCAAUAAGGUGAAUGAAGGGGCCUGCUUGUACACAUGCUCCCUCCGUCCCACAGGGAUCUAUGGUGAGCAGCACCAGCUGAUGAGGGACUUCUAUCAGAUGGGUGUGAGUACAGGGGGCUGGAUCAUUCGAGGCGUCCCAAAGGACACGGAACAUGGUCGUGUCUAUGCAGGUAACGUYGCUUGGAUGCAUCUGCUGGCUGCUCGCUCCCUGAGAGAGCACCCCCAAKGGCUUGGAGGGGAAGUUUACUUCUGCUAUGACGACUCACCCUACAAGAGUUAUGAGGAUUUCAACAUGCAGUUCCUGUCUGGGUUCAACUUCCGCCAGGUCCGUGUGCCGCUAUUGGUGCUGUGGUUGGUGGCGUGCCUGAAUGACCUGCUCCGCUGGGUGCUGAAGCCUGUGUGCAGCUACACACCAUUACUCAACCGCUACACACUCGCUGUGGCCAGCACCUCCUUCACAGUGGGUUCAGACAAGGCCCAGCGCCACUUCCAGUACCGCCCCCUCUAUGACUGGGAACAGUGCAAGGCCCGCACACAGAGAUGGGUGGACACCUUUCCCUUCCCAGGCCCCAAGGACUCCUGAUCUGGGCUGGUCUGGCGGAACCUUGUCUGGGCUAAACCGAUGCACCACACAUCAUAACCCUGGAUGGAUGGAGGAGUGAGAGGACUUUCUCAGAUUUAUAUUCUCACUAUGUUUGCUCCAUCAUAAGCAGUAUUAUCAUUACACGUAUGCAAACAAACUCUUGACCCCUGAACUCUUAAACCCUGAACUAUGACCUCCUGCACGUGUUCUUCAAAAAUGGUAAUGUCCUCCUACCUGUCACUACUUGUGGCUAGCCUGUAGCUCCUCAGGCAAAAUGAUGACAAGGCAUGUUCCACACUGAAAUGGGUCACUUAUCCAUCCCAUGAUCUUCUGAUUCACAUGAGAUGCUUCCUAGCCCUAAAUAAGAGAUAUUAUAUUGGAGAUUCAAUAUAAAACGUUUGGGGCUUUAUUGGACAUUGCAAUAUUCAUCUUCUUAAAAAAGGGGUAGAUAUAAUAUGAUUGUAGUCAUAAAAGGGCAUAGGUAUGUGAUCUAGGAAAGCUGCUCAUGAAUUGUUUUGAGUCUAUUUCCAGCAAUAUACAGUGCAAUACAUUGCUAUACAUAUUUUGCAGUACACACAUGAAAAUGCAAUACAUUUUCCACAAGACAUCAUCACUACAUAGACUUGAUCUGUUUUUGUUGAAGAGCACUAGUGCAGAAUAAGUAUUUACAUCUUAGACAUGCUGUCACGCUCUGACCUUAGAUAUCUGCGUUUUCUUUAUAUUUUGGUUAGGUCAGGGUGUGACGAGGGUGGGUAUGCUAGUUUUUUGUAUUGUCUAGGGUUUUUGUAUGUCAAGGGGUUUAGUAGGUCUAGGUAAUUUGUAUGUCUAUGGUGGCCUGAUAUGGUUCCCAAUCAGAGGCAGCUGUUUAUCGUUGUCUCUGAUUGGGGAUCAU